UUUUCCCUUUUUUUUCCUUUUUUAUAUUUUAUUUGUUUCAUUAUAGCUCCAACACAUAAUAUGUUGAUUAGAAUUUUACCAUAGUGUUUAUUGUAGUUUUAUUCCCCUAGCUAGUUGGUAUAAUAAGUGCCAAUAGUAAUAUUUUCUAUCUGAAAAAUAUUACUAGUAUUUACUACAAUCUUUAAUUGUUCGUGACACAUUGACACAUGAGACAUUCUUAACCAAUGGUAUGAAAUUUCGAAAUAUGCGGAUAUAUUUUAUACACAGCGAGUAUAUAUUCAAUGAAAAGGUUUUCCCGUAUGAUAUUUUUUAUCUUCCAAAAUUACUUUUACAUGUGAUGCAUGGGAACAACUUGACAAACAUGGACAUUUUGAUGCCUGAACAUAUCUUUUAGAAAUGUGCAUGCAAAUAUUUUUAUCCGAUGAGUUAACUUUUAGGAUUUGUCUCAACAUAUUAUCUGACAUAGAUGAAAAAGUUUUUUUAGCUAUGCUCCCUCUGUUCCUAAAUGUAUGACGUUUGAACUGCCAAAAUGUCUUAUAAUUGGGAACCGAGGGAGUAUAUUUGUGAAGUUCGUCUGGAAAUGUUUCUCGCGAGAAUAUAUAUAUGACCAAGCGUAGAGUGUUGUACGUAACAUUAAGAAAGAGGCUUGACAGAGUUGAGGUUCCGGAUGUCUGGUACAUACUCCCUCCGUUCCAAAAUAGAUGACUUUAUACUUAAUCUAUUUUGGAACGGAGGGGGUACGUGUGUUUUGAUAGGCUCCGGUAGGCAGUCUGUGUCAUGCGUAGAGCUAUUAUUGACUGACGGGUGCAAGCCAACAAAGCUCCCAGCUCCGAGCCAAGAAGGGUAUCAACUACUUGAGAGCCCAGUGGCGUCGUCGACGAACAUGAGGAAGACGACUUACGACGACUUGGGGUUUACAAGGUCCAUAGCUUUCUCCAAGACAUACAGACCACCCAAAAGCCAUCCAUACUGCCCAAUUUUCCAUAACGGCGGCUAGGCAGGGCAAGCAGCAUGACCCUAUAUAUGAACCCAUCGAUCGAACUGUCUCACUCUCACUUGAGCACCUUCCUUCUCCAGUUCUCCCUCUCCUCGGUAAAUUGAGCGCAUAUUGGCGAUGGGACUCUCAAGUGCCGUGACAUGGUGGGAGGAGUGGCAGCUGCGCAUCCUCGUCCUCACCAGCCUCUUCAUCCAAUACUUCCUCUUCUUCUCCAUAUAUGUGCGUAAAGUUCCUGGCCUACGUAGCUUCAGAGUGCUGGUGUGGAUCGCGUACGUAAGCAGCGACGCUGUGGCGAUCUUUGCCCUCGCCACCCUCUUCAACCGCCACAGGAACAUUUGUGAUGAGAAGGGCAGCAACCUGGAGGUCCUAUGGGUGCCUGUCCUCAUCAUCCACCUUGGCGGCCAACCAACGAUAAGUGCCUACAGCCUCGAAGACAACGAGCUAUGGAAACGACAUAUAGUAACCCUUGUGUCUCAGGUCACGAUCGCCUUGUAUGUCUUCUGCAGAUGGUGGUCCGGCGAGAAGACGCAGCUGGCGGCAGCGGUUUUGCUCUUUAUUCUUGGCAUUCUCAGAGCUGCCCUAAAGCCAUGGGCCCUCAGGACCACCAGUUUUAACAGCUUCCAAGCCUGCAGCACUGUGCCCCCGCCAAGGGCGGAAAGAGAAUAUACGCUUGAAAAAUAUGUACAAGAAGCAAAGAAGUGUGUACUGGACAUGAAGGAAGACAGGGACCGCAAGUAUGUCAUCACGAGCGAUUAUAUGUUUGUUGACCAGCCUGCUCCAUACUCUGUUCGAAUUGAAGUGUUGACAUCUUUCCUGAAGCUUGAAUAUAAGCAUGCAUACAGUAAGUUGCAGGAGCGGCUAGGAAAGACAUUUGAUGGCAUGUACUCCGGAACUAGGUCAGGUGUCACUGGUCUUGGCCUCAGCUCAACCUGUUUGCUUCCGUUCCUAGCCUUGGCUUCUAUUGCGCUCUUUGCCAUGAGCGGCAAGGAUGGUCAGAAUGAGAAGGACAUUAGGGCGACAUACAUCCUAUUAUGCUGUACCACCGUGUUGGAGCUCAUGUUUCCCUUCAUGCACAACAUAAUGUCUUUAUGUGUUCGCAAGAAGAAGCCCACAUUCCUGAUGAAGCUUGCUACCUUUGACUUUCUAAGGGAGUUCUUUAACCAACAUUGGUAUAUUCAGCAAAUGCCUAUAGCCUACCAGAUCAUGGGGAAAGCUCGCCGGCACAUGGAAGAUGGUUGGAAGAAGUACAUAUGCGACACUACAAGUUACAAAAGAUUCAAUGAGCUCCGAGGCCAGUGGGCUCUAAGGAGGCACCAUCAGCUAGGGUGGAGCUUGAAUAUGCCUUUCGACCGGAGCGUCUUCAUCUGGCACAUCGCCACAGACCUCUGCUUUUAUCACCCCAACACAUCCCCGCAAUGUCGACAAGGAGAAGCCACACAGGACAGUAGGAGCAUAUCCAAUUAUAUGUUCUACUUGCUUCUCAUCCGUCCUGAGAUGCUAAUGCUUGGCGCCAGAUCAGGUCUUUUCAAGUUGGCCAACGAACAGAUCUUGAGAAACAGCGAGUCCAUCGACAUGACAGAAGAAAAUCUUGCGGGGGAUAUCCUUAUUAACACGCCGACGCUGCUAUCUGCAGAUUUUGCUGCAGAUGAUAUGAUUUCCAAUGCACGCAAACUCGCUAUAGCACUAAUGGAGCUAGACGAUGAGGAGGAGCGGUGGACUGUGAUCCAAGGCGUGUGGGUGGAGAUGCUCUGCUAUUCAGCCAGCAGAUGCAGGGGCUACCUGCAUGCCAAGAGCUUGGGUGAAGGCGGGGAGUUCCUCUCCUACAUCUAUCUCCUUGGGUCGUUCAUGGGAAUGGAGACGUUGGCUGAUAGGCAUCACAGGUCAGAGCCUCUUGAAUGUGAACAAGAAGAAGCACUUCCUUUCCGUUCCCAAGGGAGAGAUGGUCAAUGUCAAUCUGCAGAUGGCGACAUGCCCCCAGUCUAAGUAGGUGCGCUUUAACUAUUUGUUGCUUCUAUUACUUGCUACCGGUGAGGAAGCCAUUGCUUGACAAGUGGUGCUAAUGCUACCGGUGGAAGAUUUUGUCUUGAUCUCUUACAGCGCUGUGUUGAUUGUUGGUGUGGUGCUCAUGUUCUAAAGCAGAAUAUAAGCAUAUAUGUGUCUGUAUAUUCCUUGCUACAGCGUGCAGUAAGUGUAAGAAUGGAUUUUGUGCGAUGGUCAUUUCAACAUUUGAUAACCCAGUUGAUGUAUUAUUUGCUACCUAAAGCUCAAAGCAUCGAUGCAGUUUAUGUUCUUUAA